AUGAAGCAUUAUGCAAAACAAGCUAACAAAGGGCGCCGAAAGUUGAUUUUUGAACUCGGAGACUGGGUUUGGGUGCACAUGAGGAAAGAAAGAUUUCUGGAACAAGGCGUUCUAAGUUGCUUCCGAGAGGGGAUGGACCAUUUCAAGUUCUCGAGCGCAUUAAUGACAAUGCCUUUGGAUCUACAAGGCAACGAUUUGAGGACAAAUUAUUUUCAAGAGGAGGGGAAUGAUGAGGGCACGGCUUCUAAGAUGCUUGAAGUUGAAGAUCCAAUCAAAGUUCCUGUGGGACCGGGUUGCACCAGCGGAGUGAGAAAUACAAUCAAGCAAGACUCGAAGGAAUGUGAUGAAGUUUAUGUAACAGCAUAUGGAACUGGCACUGCAAAUGGUCACGAAAAAGUAGAAGUUGAAAAUGAUCAAAAAGAGAAUCCAACUUAUAUAGCUCGCAACGAGGAGGGCGCAGGGGAUGAAAUAAACCAGGCUUACAUAACUGGUUAUGGGGGAGAAAGAAACGAACUCGUCCUACGGUACAACGACGGUAAAGGGACAGAGGAACAUCCCUAUGUUACCGCGUAUGAAGAUUUGAAUCCAAAGUCCAAGUGCAAGAGCCAUUUGCAUACACGGCACGAUCACAUGAUGGGACAUGAAAAUCAUAUGCAAGCACAAACUUCAACCGACAUGGAUCAUACUGAAGCAUUCAAAGUAGGCUUUUUCACGCCAGAUGAUCUGUAUGCAGGGAAGAUCAUGCCUCUGUACUUUCCCAUCGAAGAUCAUUCUUCUCGCUUCUUGCCCAGAGAAGUAGCUGAGUCCAUUCCUUUUUCAGUGUCACAACUCCCCAACCUUCUCCAGCUCUUCUCAAUCCCACAAGGCUCUCCUGAAGCCAACGGGAUGGAAGAGACACUCCGAGACUGCGAGCUCAAACCCAUCAAUGGAGAGAUCAAGUUAUGCGCCACCUCUUUGGAGUCCAUGGUUGAAUUCGCUCGCAGCAUAAUCGGCUCACAGGUCAACUUGAAUCUACUAUCAACUACUCACCCCACAAUGGCAACAGAUAUCACACAGAACUACACUGUCUUGGAAGGCCCCAAACAAGUUUUAGCUCCCAAGAUGGUGUUUUGCCAUCCCAAGCCUUAUCCUUACGCAGUUUUCUUUUGCCACUUCUUUGGGACAGAGACCAAGGUUUUGCAGGUUCCAGUACGAGGUGAUAGCGGAGAUGAUGUGGAAGCAAUGGCUGUUUGCCACAUGGACACUUCUGAUUGGGAUCCUAAUCACGUAUUGUUUAGCCUGCUCGGAGUCAAGCCAGGUGCCUCCUCCCCAGUGUGCCAUUUCCUGCCAAAAAAUCAUCUUGUUUGGAUUCCGUCACCAACAACAGCAACUGUGUAG